GGCAACGCUGGGAUAAGAAGGAGACGCAGGUUGGGAGAGCAAAUGGCAGAGGUUGUGGCCAAGGUUGGAUAUGGCGACAUCGCUAGUGUUGGAGAUGUUGCGUGCUGGAGGGAGGUUACAUGGUUCGAGACUGGAAGAAAGCAGCUUCCGCAAUGGAAGAGUGAUAGACAGGAACAGGAACGGGACGCCAACAUGACGAUCGAGGAAGAAGUUUUGUUCUGUUCAAGACGGUGAUGUGACUGAGAGAAAUAGUAUAAAGACUCUCUCCACCAUCAUCAAGAUCGUCACCGUCAGUUCCCCCAGCUCAGCUCCUCACCCCCAUCACUUACUCCUUCAUUCCUCAGUCUUUCUCUCUCAUAACCUCUGUCACAAUGAAGACGUCCAUUUUCUUGGCGGCCGUCUCGGCCCUCGCCGGCACCGCUGCUGCCGAGUCCAUGGCCCGGCUGAGAGAGCUCAAGAUCGACACUUGGGCCCGCCAGCAGGAGGUCGGCGCCUUCGACAUCGACCGCUACCAGGCUACUGCCGCCACUUCGUGCGUCAACGGCAAGGCGGGCGAGUACCAGUGCAGCAACGUCGACUUGAAGGGGUUCCUCCGUCAUCAGGACAUGGGAUCGUCGACGAGAAAGGGGAAUGACAUCUGGGGCUGGACCGCCCCCAACGGCCGUGAAUUCGCCACGGUCGGCCAAACCGACGGCACCGCCUUCGUCGAGAUCCUCUCCGACGGCUCGCUCGUCUACCUCGGCCGCCUGCCCACUCAGACCACCUCCUCCUCAUGGCGCGACAUGAAGGUCAUCGGCAACCACGUCUACAUCGGCUCCGAAGCUCGCGACCACGGCCUGCAAGUCUUCGACCUCACCAAGCUGCUGACCAUCUCCCCCUCCUCCCCAAAAGUCUUCUCCACCUCCUCCGACCUGACCGCCAUCUACAAAGGGCUCGGGUCCUCGCACAACAUCGUCGCGCACGAGGAGACCAACAUGAUCUACGCCGUCGGCACCGCCACCUCGGCCGGCUGCAAGGGCGGUCUGUUCAUGGUGAACGUGACCAACCCGGCGUCGCCCGUCAAGGCCGGCUGCUUGUCGGCGGGCGGCUACGUGCACGACGCGCAGUGCGUCAUCUACAAGGGCCCCGACACCCGCUACACCGGCAAGGAGAUCUGCUUCAACUUCAACGAGGACACGCUGGAUAUUGUUGAUGUGACCAGCAAGUCCAGCCCCAAGACCCUGAGCUCCAAGACGUAUACCGGCGCGAGCUAUACCCACCAGGGCUGGUUGGUCGAUAGCAGCAUGAAGUACCUGUUGCUGGAUGACGAGUUGGACGAGUACUAUGGCGCGGGCAAGGCGUCGAAUAAGAGGACGACUACUUACAUUGUUGAUAUCACUUCGCUCACUGCUCCUGUUUUCACCGGUACCUACCAGAGCCCGGCUAUCUCGAUCGAUCAUAACCAGUAUGUCGUCAACGGUCUCAGCUACCAGAGCAACUACGGGUCUGGUCUCCGCAUCGUCGACGUCAGCUCCAUCCCCUCCAAGCCUGACGGUUCGGGAUUGAAGCAGGUCGGCUUCUUUGACUGCUACCCUGAGGAUGAUAGCCUCGGUGGCCAGGCCGAGUUUACGGGUUCUUGGUCGGUGUAUCCCUACUUCAAGUCGGGUUAUCUUCUCCUGAACAGCAUCGAGCGCGGUGUGUUCAGCUUGAAGUAUACUGGUGCUGGUGCUGCGUUUUCGGCUUAGGUUGGUCGUGAGGCCUGGAACUAGGUCUGAGUGAAUGGGAAGCAGAAAGAACUGGCUGCUGUCCAGGGUCUUGGGGAGGG